CGGCCCCGCGCGCUGAGCGCGGCCGCGCUGCCCCGGCAUGUCGCGGAAGAAAGCGGCACGGAGCAAAGGCGGCGGCUCCGCGCCCUCCGCCGCGCUGCCUCCCCCCGCCGCCACCGCCCCGCGGAGCCCCGCGCCCGCUCCGGAGCUGCCCCGCAACGGCGGCGCUGCGCCCGGGCGGCCCUCGCUGAGCAGCAGCGGAGAGUUCUACGACCUCACCUUCAAGGUGAUGCUGGUGGGCGACUCGGGGGUCGGCAAGACCUGCCUGCUGGUGCGCUUCAAGGAUGGCGCCUUCCUGGCGGGCAGCUUCAUUUCCACCGUGGGGAUUGACUUCAGGAACAAGGUGCUGACAGUGGAUGGGGUAAAGGUGAAGCUGCAGAUCUGGGACACGGCUGGCCAGGAGCGCUUCCGCAGUGUCACACACGCGUAUUAUCGGGAUGCCCAUGCCCUGCUCCUGCUGUAUGAUGUCACCAACAAGGCAUCCUUUGACAACAUCCAGGCAUGGCUGACAGAGAUCCACGAAUAUGCACAGCAGGAUGUGGUCCUCAUGUUACUGGGUAACAAGGUGGAUUCAGCCCAGGAUAGAGUGGUGAAAAGGGAAGAUGGAGAAAAAUUGGCUAAGGAGUACGGGGUGCCCUUCAUGGAGACCAGCGCCAAAAGCGGCCUCAAUGUGGAAUUAGCAUUCACAGCUAUCGCAAAAGAACUGAAACACAGGUCCAUGAAGCUGCCCAACGAACCCAAAUUCAAGCUCCAUGAUUACGUGAAGAAGGAAGUGAGAGGCUCGGGCUGCUGCAGGUUCUGAUACGCUCGGUGCAUUUGUACAGAGACUCAUGCCACGUGUUUGUGCGCUCUCUCCUCGUGGACAGUGUGUGCAUGUCUGUCUUGUGUCUGUAUCUGCGUAAAAGGUGAGCUGAGAUGUGGGGGUGAAAGCAGCAGAAGCUCCUCAGGCUGGCAACAGGCUGGCCGUGCUGCACCACAGCCGCUCCCCGAGCCCCGCAGCACCCACAGCCCCGCUGUGCUCCGCUCCUGCAGAGAAGCAGCACCUCUCGCAGCUUCUCCACUCCUGCCUUGCCCAGAGCCACUUCUCGGUGCAGCUGUGGCUCCUGGAACGAUGGGUUCCUGCAUCUGUUCAGCAGUGACAGUCCUUCGCCCAGAGCGUCUUCGGGUGCGUUAGUGUUAGGAGUGAUGAUGUCGGGGAGUGCCUGCUCCCCACCAAACAUCCGGGCAGAAAAAAUCCUGAAUUCCCUUUUCCCACACCUUUGGAAUUCAGCUGUUCAGAUUCUGGGGCACGCAGGAAGGCUUUGUUUUCAAGGCAACCGUUUUUGUAGGUGCUUACUUCUGCCUGUCAGUUGUUCCCGUGUUGUAACAUACCUCCUCGAUGAAGAUUUCUCCUCUUCCCCGCAGAAGACAGAGCUUAGAUGUCUGUUUGAGUGAGCUCCUGCAAACACAUCUGUUGUACAGAGAUCUGACUGUUUAUCUGUUUGGUAAAGGCUUUGGUUCUCUUACUACAGCCAUUUCUAGUACUUUAAUGAGAAGAAAGCUAAUGUUCUGCAGCUUAUUCUAAAUACCUUUAUGUAAGUGUGAUAGCAUUUUUAGACCACAACAAUGCUUAGCUAUCUCUGAAGUUCUCUUGGGACAGCUCUUUCUUCUAACAGAAGAAAGAUGAGGAGAGUGCUGUAGGCAUUGAUUGUACAGGUCUAAGACUCUCCUGCCAGCUCUCUUCAAUGGACUCCUCACCCCUUUUGUCUGGUGCCAAGCGUUUGGCUUUUGCUUUUUUCCAAGUUGCACUUCAAAGUACAGAUCUGGAUGAUGUGUUUGGCCUUUGGCAAUUUUCUUAUUCAGCAAUUCCACAUGCACUAACACCAGGUGCCCACUGCAUUGAACCUCCCUGCACUGCUCUAAAUGGACCACUGAAGUCAACCCACCCUUCACUUCCCAAACACCAGCUUUCUCAGCAGUGAGUCGGGGUGCAGCUGCCCCUCAUUGUGCCAGCUUGAGCUGCAGCAGCAUUUCCAAAGGGCACUCAGCACAGGAGCCAGGCAGGCAGUGACAGAGGAGACCCCUCGGAGCUGCACUUCUCAGUGAGCUGCAGUAAAAUAAGCAACAUGCAGAGCAACUGCUGAAACGGGUCCAGCACAGUAAUAACAGAGCCUAAAAUAAACCUUUUCAUAAAUAGCUUUUUAGGGAGAAAUGUCUUUCAGUUCUCUUAUUUUUGUUAAAAACCUGUUCCUGGGGGAUGUUUGCAGCUCGCAGCCUCCUGCCACCAUGCAUCCCCAGGCAGUGCCUGCUCCGUGCUGGCAGCCAGCACACAGGACCUGGGGAACAGAGCCAGGGCCUCUUUUUUCUCAUCAGCCCUGUCAGGCACUCCUUCCCUUGCAAUCGCCCUGUCCUGUCUAGCCUCAGCAGAGGCAGCCUCCAAGCAUCACUGCAGCUGCCCUGCACUCUGAUCAGACUUUAUGAAGGAGUGGAAACCUACUGAACUGCUUUGUGCUGCUUUGUUGAGCUUUGUUGUGCUCCUGUAGCUGCUACCUGAUCAGUACCUCUCAUGAUGCUGCUUAACAGCUACCUUCAUUCUCAUUCUGGGCUGUAGCACAUGCUUGCUAGCUGAGGUUAAAAAAAGAGUGGAAUUUUCUACAGCCCUCAGCCUGAAGGAGCAGCAUUUUGGUAUCCUGGCUGUACAGCUCCUGGGAAUUUCCACAGAAGCACAGGAGACAGGCAGCUCCAACACCCAGAUCCGUUCCCAAGCCUGCCUUCAGGAUUGUAUUUUCUCAGAAUAAUCUUAGCAGUGUAACAGCAGCCCCUGCCCCAUGCUGCUAAUCCCUGCAGACACUCCGCUCUUAUCUGGGCAGGAACGCCUUGUAUCUUGAUGAAAAAGCUGGCAGUUACUGGUUUGGUUCUUUAUGGGGGGACCAAAAGCAAGCUAAAAAAAAAAAAAAAAAAAGUGAAGUAGAGGAGAUGCAAAUGCUACUCCUUGAAGGUACCUUUUGGGACCUAAGCAACCAGCAUAAACAUCACAACUGUAUUUGUGGCCUCUCCUAACACACCUAGGCUUCGACGAGGCGCAACUCCCCCUCUAUCCCACCACAGACUGCCCACGCUCUACUCGUCCCCAGUGCCUGCAUGCAGCGCAGCUCUGAAGCCCUUCCUCAGAUUCGGCCAUUUUAUACACGGGCCUCGACUGCCGCCCAGCGACGGAGCAGUGCUCAGUGCACCACGCAGGCCAGACAACGCGGCAUCACUUGCACUUCUCAUUCGCGCUGGCUCGUUUAUAGCUUUUAUUUCAUUCCUGUUAAUAAAUUUUUUUAAUAAUC